AUGGUAGAUUAUGCAAUAGCUGGAUCUAAACUCAUUGAGGAAUUUCUGUACUUUAAAGUACAUAAUUUUACUUAUAUGUCAGACCACUGCCAGAUUUCCUGCCUUCUUAGACUUGUUAAAAACAUUAAACUAGAUAGAAUUAGUACAAAUACAAAUACUCUAAAUAAUCUGCCAAAUAGUUAUAUAUGGGAUAAACUAUCAGUGUUUAAUUAUCAAGAUACCCUAGCCUCUAAAGCUAUUCAAGAUAAAAUCAAAACUUUCCUAAAUAAUAAUUACAAUGAAGAUAAAGACAUAAAUAAAGCAGUGGAUGAUUUUAACUCAAUAGUCACCAGUUCAGCUAAUCAGGUAUUUCGUAGGAAAAAUAAUAAAAAUAACAAUAAAAAAUUUAAACCAAGGAAUAACAAAAGAUGGUUUGAUAAGGAGUGUAAAAUUCUCAAAAAAGAUGUAUCUGAAACAGCCAAACUACUUAAUAAAUUCCCUUAUGACCACUAA